UUCUGCACAAUGGCUUUUUCACUGCUGGCUUUUUAUUUUGCAAUACUGUUAUCUGGGACUGUGGCUCAUUUGACUGAUCUAGAGCUGUCCUCAUCUGGUCAUCAGAAGAGCGCUUUUGUGUCACGUAAAACGAGUGACAACUUGAUUUUGAAAUGUUUCUACGAAGAGUCAAACAUCAAAGCUGUGGUCCAACAGUCAGCAUCUGAGAUCAUCCAGCCAGGAGACUCUGUGACUCUGAACUGUACAGUACACACUGGGACCUGUGAUGAAGAAACCAGUGUGUACUGGUUCAAAAACUCAGAAAAUUCUCAAUCCCAUCCUGGAGUCAUUUACACACAUUGGGGUGGGAAUGAUCAGUGUGAGAAAGAAGCUAAGACACAGACACACACCUGUGUCUACAACUUGCCAAUGAAUAACCUGAAUCUGUCUCAUGCUGGGACCUACUACUGUGCUGUUGCCUCAUGUGGACAUAUACUAUUUGGAAAUGGGACAAAACUGGACUUUGAACAUAAUGUUUUCUGGAGCGGCACCUUUGCAGUCACCUCCAUCCUGAGUGUAUUGCUGGCUUUCUCAGUGUGUGUGAUCAGCAAGAAAUGCAUCUGCAAAUCUCCUGAAUCUCAAGCAAGUCUCCCCAAAGCAGAUGUAAUGGGUUUCCAAGAGGCAGAAAGACUCUAUUUUCCAUCUUCAACUGUCAACCUGCGCCACAGAUCAAGAAGUCAGAAGGAUCACACCUGGAGUGAAUGUGUGUACUAUAGUGUAAAGCAGUAGUACGCAGAGAAGACACGGUGUUUGAAAUGUAUUAUUUCUUUUUUCUGUUGCAUCAUGUUCACAAUAUACAUUUUUUUGCUAGUCUCUGCCAACAGUCUUUUGUAAAUUUAAUGUUUUUGAAGCUCAAUAAACACAAUAAAGACUAAAAGACCUUCAA